AACCGGCGAAACGCGCGGCAAGGACAUAACCUUCAAAUCGUUCAAACGAUUCCGUUCGUGGCAUUAUUGUGAGCCGGCUGGAUUUCAUAUAACACACAAUGACGUCCAGCAACGAACAACAGAAUUUACCAUGGGUCGAGAAGUAUCGUCCCAAGAGUCUGGACGAGCUUAUUUCCCACGAGACUAUAAUAAAGACGAUAAACAAGUACAUUGAUGAGAAUCAACUGCCGCAUCUCCUCCUGUACGGGCCACCUGGGACGGGAAAGACCAGCACUAUCCUGGCGUGUGCUCGUAAACUCUAUACUCCAGCUCAAUUCAAUUCAAUGGUGCUGGAAUUGAAUGCUUCCGAUGACAGAGGCAUAGGUAUAGUGCGCGGCCAGAUCCUGAGUUUCGCCAGUACGGGUACUAUGUACAGAUCUGCGUUCAAAUUAAUUAUCCUGGACGAAGCCGACGCGAUGACGAAUGACGCUCAGAAUGCACUUAGGAGAAUUAUCGAGAAAUACACGGAUAACGUACGUUUCUGCAUUAUAUGCAACUAUCUCAACAAGAUUAUCCCAGCUUUGCAGUCUCGCUGCACCAGGUUUAGGUUCCUGCCUCUUGCGGCGGAGCAGAUAAUGCCAAGAUUGAAUCACGUUAUUGAAGCGGAAAACUUAAAAGUUACGGAGGACGGGAAGGAAGCAUUAAUGACGUUAAGUGGCGGUGAUAUGAGGAAAGUGAUAAGCGUACUUCAAAGUACAUGGUUUGCUUACGGUGCGGUGAACAAAGAGAACGUAUAUAAUUGUGUUGGGCAUCCGUUACCAGCUGACAUAAAUAAUAUUGUAAACUGGUUGCUAAAUGAAUCUUACGACACAUGCUACACGAAGAUUCAAAAGUUGAAGUUAGACAAAGGACUGGCGCUGCAAGAUAUAUUGACAGAGAUCCACUCGUGUAUAGUUAAAAUUGAUUUUCCCGAUCCGUUAUUUAUUGAUGUACUGUGCAAAAUGGCAGACAUAGAAAAAAGACUGGCUUCUGGAUGUCGCGACGCCAUUCAAGUAAAUUCUCUCAUAUCUGCAUUCUACAAGCUUCGCAAUAUCGAAACGUGAUAUCGUCCGUCACGCGAGAUAAUUUAAAGACAUUCUCUUUUGUAAGUCUAAAAAUAUCAUAUUCUUUUUCAAGAUAAAAACUAUUGAUUGUCAUAUAUUAUAUACACAACAUGGUAACACAUAAACAUGUGGAUAAUAAGGAUAUUUUUGCUAUCUUGAAAAAACAAUAAAUAAAUUUUUACA